UUCCCCAUUAAAAUCUUCUCAUAAUCCCAGAAAUUAAAAAACCCAGAAUCGAAAUUCCAGAAAUUAGAAAAACCAGGCCCAGAAUCAAAAUCCCAGAAAUCGAAAACUCAGAAAUCAAAAAACCUAGAAUCAAAAUUGCAGAAAUUAGAAUUUAAAGAAAGAAGAAUCAAAUUCUAACCAUGCCGAAGAAAUUGGGAGUGAAUAGCAAAGCUGAGGAAGCCAAAGCUAGGAAAGCAGCUGCAGAAGCCGAGAAAAAGGACAGGGAAUCCAAACAAAAGGAAGACAAAUACUGGCGGGAAGCCGAAGGACCCAAAUCAAAAGCCGCCAAAAAACGUGAAGAAGAUGAACAAAAACGUGCCGAAGCCGCCGCUAAAAAAGCUGAGGCGCGCCGAUUAGCCGAGUUAGAGGAGAAGGAACUUGAAAAGUCACUCAUUAAACCCGACAAGAAAGCGAACCGGGUGGCGGGUGCAGUGGUACCAAAAGUAACUGAAGCGGAGCUCAGAAGAAGGAAGGAGAAAGAAGAGGAGGAGUUGAAGAAAAAGGCGGAGGAGACGAAGAAGAAACAAAGUAGAAUGGCUGAGGAACAAGAGUACGAGAAGCUUGUUUUGGUUGAGAAUAAGAAUAGAGAUGAUGAUUUGAUUGAAGCUCAUAGUGUUGAAGAAGCUCUUGCACAAAUGUCUGUUGGGGAGAGUUUGCCUGUUGAUAAACAUCCCGAGAAAAGAUUAAAGGCAUCUUUUAAGGCUUUUGAAGAAGCCGAAUUACCAAGGCUGAAGGCUGAGAAACCGGGUCUGACUCACACCCAAUAUAAGGAAAUGAUAUGGAAAUUGUGGAAGAAAUCUCCAGACAACCCUCUUAACAGAGUUGCUGAGGCUUGAAGUGUUGUAACAGAUAAUCUCAAUAAUUGUGGCGUAUAUUCUAUGUACAAGGUAAUAUAUAACCAAGGCUACCAUUCGCCAUGCUGAUCAUCUAAUUCGAAGGUGAAUUUGAGUUAUUAUACUUUGUCUGUAGAAUUUCUCUUCACGCUGUAUUUGCUGAGUGAAUUUUGUGAAAUACUGUUGAUAAUUAGCUACAAUGUUCAUCAUGGUGAUGUGUGAUUCAAUUUCUUUGUACCUCAUAAUAAAUAAUUGAUUUUAACCUGGAGGCUUAAUCUUAUCACUCUUUGAUGUUCUAAUUUAUUUACAACA